CUGGGCUCGGCCCGAUCCCAUCCACGACUGCGAUCCCAGCACGAGGCACGGCGGCAGGCCCAGGUAGACACGUCCCCUAAAGAUGGUGACUCCCUCCUGAGAAGCCGGAUCACUUCCCACAGGAAAAGGCCUUCUCCAAGGAGAAUAUGAAAGUGAUACUCAGAACUGUUUGUCUCACAGUUCUACUGAUUUCUUUAGAAGCUGAUGAAUGUAAGAUACGUGAAGAACCAGUAAUUUUAGUUUCAUCUGCAAAUGAAAUUGAUGUUCGUGCCUGUCCCCUUAACCCAAAUGAAAACAUAGGCCCGGUGAUUUGGUAUAAAAAUGACAGCAAGACACCUAUAUCAACGGAGCAAGACUCCAGGAUUCAUCAAGAAAAGGAUAAACUCUGGCUUGUCCCCGCUAAGGUAGAGGAUUCAGGACAUUACUACUGCUCAGUAAGAAAUUCAACUUUCUGCCUUAAAAUUAAAAUAACUGCCAAGUUUGUGGAAAAUGAACCUAACUUGUGUUACAAUACAGAAGCUAUAUUCACACAGAAAUUGCGCAUUGCCGGAGAUGGAAGACUUGUGUGUCCUCAUUUGGAUUUUUUUAAAGAUGAAAAUAAUGAGUUUCCCACAGUAAAAUGGUAUAAGGAUUGCAAACCUCUGAUUCUUGACAACGUAUACUUCGUUGGAGUCACAAAUACGCUUAUUGUGAUGAAUGUGUCAGAGGGCCAUAGAGGGAAGUACACUUGUCAUGCAUCCUACAUGUACUCGGGAAAGCAAUAUUAUAUUACCCGGGCAAUAGAAUUUAUUACUCUAGAGGAAAUCAAAUCCGACAGUCCUGUGAUUGAAAGUCCAGCAAACGGGACCAUGGAAGUGGAGCUGGGAUCCCACGUCCAACUGGUCUGUAAUGUCACUGGCCACCUCACUGACCUUGUCUACUGGAAGUGGAAUGGGUCACCAAUUUUACCUGAUGAUCCAAUCUUGGUCGAAGACUUUGAAUUGAUGAACAGUCCUUCAGCCAAUAGAAAAACUAUACACAUUAUAACGCUUAAUAUUUCAAAAGUCAAAAGUCAAUUUUAUCUAUAUCCAUUUACCUGUUUGGUCAACAGUAAAUCUAAUAUAUAUUCAGCAUACAUACGAUUAACCCUUCCAGUGCCUGAUUUCCAGAAGCUCUUGAUUGGAAUAUUUAUUACAUUAACAAUUAUAAUUACAUGCUCUGUUUUCAUCUAUAAAAUCUUCAAGGUUGAUAUUGUGCUUUGGUACAGGGAUUCCUGCUCUGAUUUUCUUCCCCCCAAAGCCUCAGAUGGAAAGAUCUACGAUGCAUAUAUCCUCUAUCCAAAGACCUUUGGGGAAGGGUCCACCUCGAACUCAGAUAUUUUUGUGUUUAAAGUGUUGCCUGAGGUCUUGGAAAAACAGUUGGGAUAUAAACUGUUUAUUUAUGGAAGGGAUGAUUAUGUUGGAGAAGAUGCUAUUGAGGUCACUAAUGAAAACAUCAAGAAAAGCAGAAGACUUAUCAUCAUUUUGGUGACAGACAUGUCAGACUUCAGCUGGCUGGGCCAUUCAUCUGAAGAGCAAAUAGUGAUAUAUAAUGCUCUCAUCCAGGAGGGGAUUAAAGUUGUCCUGCUUGAGCUGGAAAAAAUCCAAGACUAUGAGAAAAUGCCAGAAUCCAUUAAAUUCAUUAAGCAGAAACAUGGGGCUAUCUGCUGGUCAGGGGACUUCAGAGAGGGACCUCAGUCUCUAAAGACCAGGUUCUGGAAACAGGUCCGGUACCAUAUGCCAGCCCAGCGGCGAUCUCCUUCAUCCAAACACCGGUUAUUGUCCAUGGCCCAUGAGUCAGACUCUAAGGAGAAGCAUCAAAGGGAGGUUCACCUGCCUCUCGGGUAGCAUGGAGAAGCUUGGCCAAGAAUCUUUUGGGUGCAUGCAGUCUUAGGGUGUUGAGCCUCCUGCUGACCUAAAUCUCUGAGGUCACCUGGAAUCACACAGUUAAGGGAGCAGGACUUGGUGACAAUGGCAGGCCAGGGCAACUCAGAUUAGAGGGCUUGGGAAAGCCUUUAUAAAGGCCCUCUCUGAAUGUUGAACUUCUGAGAAAAAGGCACUGAGACAGUGAGUUGGAAGAAGAAAAAAGAAAAAAACAUGAAAGGAAUGUUCACCAUCUAUAGACAAUUUUAUUAAGUUAUCCACAGACUGAUGGUGGGGCUUUGGCCAUCUCUGGGGAUGCUGCAGGAUCACUGGCCCCGGGGAGAGCCUCUUCUGGGCAGCACUGCAGAUGAAGUGUGCCUGACACCUCACAGAGGAAGGUAGAUGUCUUCUUGGAGAACUUUCCAUGGCUUGCAUUUUCCAUACACAUCCACAAUGAGUUGUCACUUUCCAAAGACCAGAUUGCAUUUUAUAGACCUUGAGAAGUAUCAUUAAAAUGAAAAAGGGGGUUCUCCAGGAUUCCAAGGCUGUGAAACCCCCUUAGCUUUCUUUAGAAGACAAAGACUUGUGAAAGCAACAGAAGCAGAAAUUGACCCACCUCUUCCACCACUCUUUAUUCUUUCCUCCUUGGAAUGACUGACCUGAACUUCCACAUUCGUCUUCACUUUACUUGGCUCAUUGCUUCUUUGGAAAGACAGCUGUGCUUGUCACCCCACCCCGAGUCUCCCAGCCUGUUUUCAAAGCCAUCCCCUCACCGUCCUGUGAUGUGAGUCCCAGGUUAGCCUCCUGGGCCUCUGCACCUGCUCCAGCGCCUCCAUGUUUGCUGAACUUUCUCCUUCCCUUACUGGAAAUCCUUCUUGCAUUUUCUCCAGAUGACCAGCUCUCCAAAGUCAGAGUUGACUUCAGCACUCUGGUUCCUGGGAGCCUUCCCCUAAGACAUUGUCACCCUUACAACUCUGUCUGUCCCUCCAGUCAGUUAGCUAGUGCUGCCUGUUGCUGGUCCCCUUACAAAGUGGCUCCCCUCGCCGGAAUCUGUGCUGAGGAGAGACCAUAUGUCUCUCUCUGUCCCUUGCUACCUUCCAUAAGCAAUUUGCACAUGUGAAAUACAUUUGUAUAGUGCUUUAUUUUUUUAAAAAAAUGUUUUUGGGUAAUUAUACCUAAUUUUUGCAAUUAUUCUAAUUUUAUGUAGAGAGAAAAUGACUCUUUUUAAAAUUACUCUCUUAAUUCUAUUGGAUCUGGAAGUUGAACCUGUAUUUUCCUGGCUUCUAGUCCAAUGUUCGAAUGCUUGCUUUCAAGUCAUUAACUGUUCACCCAUCACGGAUUGCUUUACAGGAGACUACUGAGUCCAGGAGUAUUUUUACAUUACAAACAGAUUUGAUAAUUUUCAGGGUUGGAAUUUAUAAAAAUUAUGUUUAGGUUUUUAUGCACAAUAUUUUUAUUUCCAUAUGUUCUUUCCUUAAAGGUCAGCAUUUCUCAGCCAAUUAAAAAUGAAAGCAAAGAAUGUUUGUUUUUUUUUUUUUUGGUACAGAAAAAAUGUUUCAAAAUUUGCUCAGAGGUCUUACGAUAAUUAGAGCAACUCUGGAAAAUCACAAAGCCAAGUUCACGUGACACACACGUGGUUUUCAAAGUUGAAUGAACAAGGGCAGGUCUUCUUUUUUUCAUAUUUUUUGACUACCUAAUUAUUAUGGGUGAAGACAAACGCUUAUUUGGAAGGAUAUUUUUCCCCCUGAAGCAGUCAGAACUAGACAAAACCAAACAGAGUUUAAUAUUUUUGACUCUUCCUUUUCUACCUGUAUUCUCCUGGGUCUGAUCCAUAGCACUGAACAAUAGUGCUGCCUUGGGAACUGAUAUUUUAAAAGAAUUGGGCUCUGUUUCUUUGGCUGCACACAGAGAGCAGGAUGUCUCAUGAGGUAGAGAGGUGUCAUGACUCCCAAGGUCUGCUAGAUACUUUAGAAGUUCUGCUGAUGAUUUUUAUCUGUCAUCUAGCAUAUAUCGUGCCAAGAAAGCAAGCCAGUUCUGAAACUUAGAAUUAGCUAAGGGGUGAGGGUGGGGACAAAAUUGGCCAUAAAGCAGAGUGUGAGGGUGGAGACAGCCAAGAAUUACAAGUAGCUUAGUACUUAGAAUUUAGACAGGAACAAGAAUCUCAGACAGGAACGCACAGUGUCAGUCCCCAACUCUCCCGGGAGGAUCCCAGAGGAUGAAGCCACAUUCCUGAUCCCUGUGACCUGCCCUUGGAUUGUUGUCUUCUCUACCAAACACUUUUUAAAGCUCUUCUUUUCAUGCUUUCCCCAUUAGUUAAAUCUUACUGCACUUUUCAGUGGUUUGUUUUUAAGUCAGUCUGAGUGCUGAAGAAAAGUCUGUAAAUGCAACAAAAUAUUUAAUUACCAGUGGUUAAAACUGAUUUAGCAGAAUCCAUAUUUUCCCCUCCCCUUUCUUUUUGAUUUCACUUGCAAUGAAAGCCAAGGUAUUGAGCCAUUUUUAAUGACAUUUUUGAUAAAUUAUGUUUGUGCUGGUUAAUGAAGGGUUUUAUUUUUUGUAAAUUGUUUGUAUAAUUCUGCAGCAGAUGCCAAGUAUUUUUAUAUCUUAAAACACCAAGUUUAUGUAUAGUGUGCAUCAUUGAUCAAUAGACUGUACUUGUUUUCCAAUAAAAUUGUUAAACUUUGUACUGAA